AUGGAGCAGAAGGGUCUGACUGGCCUCAUCCUGGUGAUCUUUCUUCUUCAAGGGAUUGUGGCCCAGUCAAAACAAGAAAACCAUUUGGUAAAAGUGGAUGACAAUCGAGGAGAUGGUUCUGUACUUCUGAUUUGUGACUUGAAGGACAAGACUAUCUUGUGGUUUAAAGAUGGCAACAGAAUAAGUCCUCCAAAUUCAACUAAAAACACGUGGAGUCUAGGAAACAGUGCCAGAGACCCUCGAGGCGUGUUUCAGUGUCGAGGAGCGAAGGACAAGUCAAAGCCACUCCAAGUGUAUUACAGAAUGUGUGAGAACUGCAUUGAGCUAAAUAUAGGCACCAUAUUCGGCUUCUUCUUCGCUGAAAUCAUCAGCAUUUUCUUCCUUGCUGUUGGUAUAUACUUCAUUGCUGGGCAGGAUGGAGUUCGUCAGUCAAGAGCUUCAGACAAGCAGACUCUGUUGCAAAAUGACCAGCUCUACCAGCCCCUCAAGGAUCGGGAAGAUGACCAGUACAGCCAUCUCCAAGGAAACCAACUGAGGAAGAAGUGAACUCGACAGGACUCAAAGUGUUCUCAAUUCUAUCCAGUACCCAGAGUCAAAGCGAUUCAUUUUGCAGAGAGCCCAGUAGCGAGAUUUUCAACCCUACCGUUAGACUUAACGUCUGCAGAGGUGGCAAGCAGAGAGGAAGAACUUUCAGAAAAAAAAAAAAAAAAAAAAAAAGGUCAUUUUCCAAAAUAGAAUAAAAGUCCAAGCUUGGGGGGGCUGCCGGUGUAAGAAGUAGGGAAGUGGAGAACUUG